ACAUCGCGCGCCAGAGGCGGAGAGUGCCGGUUGUCACGCGCUUGCGCUCGCUCUCGCUCUCGGCUCAGCACAGUGAGAGACGCGCGCGGGAAGACUCGCUGCAGCAGCUCGCGCUCCCUUUCCCUUCACACCGGCCUUCAGCAGCCAAGCGGCCGCCAUGACUUCCCGGAGGUGGUUCCACCCGAACAUCACUGGCAUCGAGGCAGAGCAGCUCCUCCUGACCCGAGGCGUCCACGGCAGCUUCCUGGCUCGACCGAGCAAAAGUAACCCAGGAGACUUCACGCUGUCUGUCAGGCGGAACGACGAAGUCACUCACAUUAAGAUCCAGAAUUCUGGCGAUUACUAUGACCUGUACGGAGGGGAGAAGUUCGCCACUCUAGCCGAGUUGGUGCAGUACUACAUGGAGCAGCAUGACCUUCUGCGAGAAAGGAACGGAGACGUGAUCGAGCUCAAAUAUCCUCUCAACUGCAAAGACCCCACUUCUGAGAGGUGGUAUCAUGGGCAUCUGUCAGGCAGAGAUGCAGAAAAGCUCCUCACAGAGAAAGGCAAACCAGGCAGUUUUCUGGUGAGGGAGAGUCAGAGCAAACCUGGAGACUUUGUGCUGUCUGUUCUCACUAACGAGGAAAAACAUGAAAACGUGGACCGCAAGACAAAGGUCACCCACGUCAUGAUACGCUACCAGGAUGUGAAGUAUGACGUGGGUGGAGGGGAGAAGUUCGACACAUUGACAGACUUGGUGGAGCACUAUAAAAAGAAUCCAAUGGUGGAGAAGAGUGGGAUUGUCGUGCACCUUAAGCAGCCGUUCAAUGCCACUCGGAUAAAUGCGGCCAACAUCGAGAACCGGGUGCGAGAGUUAAACAAAGUGGCAGACAGUUCUGAGAAGCCCAAGCAAGGCUUCUGGGAAGAAUUUGAGAUGCUACAGCAACAGGAAUGUAAACUCUUGUACCCCAGAAAAGAAGGACAGAGAGCUGAGAAUAAGAGCAAAAACAGAUACAAGAACAUUCUACCCUUUGACACCACCCGGGUGACGAUCAGGGAAGCAGAUCCCGACGUGCCCGGCUCUGACUACAUCAAUGCCAACUAUAUCCGAAGUAUGCAGGAAGAGGGCCGUCAUGUGGACGAAGGCAAAGUGUUCAUUGCUACUCAGGGCUGCCUUCAGAACACGGUGCUGGACUUCUGGAGGAUGGUCUAUCAGGAGAACACUCAUGUUAUUGUCAUGACAACCAAGGAAAUGGAGCGAGGCAGGAAUAAAUGCGUACGCUACUGGCCAGACGCUGACACAACAAAGGAGUUUGGGAAUGUGCGUGUGAGGAACAUGGAGGAGCAGGCUGCUCAGGACUACAUCCUCAGAGAGCUGGAGGUCACACGUACAGACCGGAAGGAGGCUUCCCGGUAUAUCUGGCACUAUCAGUACCUGAGCUGGCCUGAUCAUGGCGUGCCUAAUGAACCAGGAGGAGUUCUCAACUUUCUUGAACAGGUCAACCAAACUCAGAACGCCAUUCCAAAUACCGGACCUGUCAUAGUCCACUGCAGCGCAGGGAUCGGAAGAACAGGCACAAUAAUUGUGAUUGACAUCCUUAUUGAUAUCAUAAACAGACAAGGGCUGGACUGUGACAUCGACAUCCCAAAGACCAUCCAGCGAGUGCGUCAGCAGCGAUCCGGCAUGGUCCAGACUGAAGCCCAGUACAAGUUCAUCUACAUGGCUGUACAGCAGUAUAUCGACACAGCACAGAAGAGACUGGAGGAGGAGCAGAGGAAUAAGACAAAGGAAAGAGAGUACUCCAAUAUCAAGUACCCUCAGAUGACAAAUACUAGGGCCCUGCCCAACAUGAGCUCGUCUCGCUCAUCAUCUGUAAUGAAUGAUGAAACAGCCAGUGUAUAUGAGAACGUACACAUCAAAAAGAGCCCCAUCUGCACAAACUCCAGGAGAUAGGGCUUGGGGCUGCUGCCUCACACUGUCUCUGUUAGAGGUGCUAUGUGCAGGCACUUGGCUGUGAGGUGACUUUGGAGCGUGUCACUGAGUGGAUGCCCGUGUGUUGGAGGUGUGAUUGGUGGACCCCCGAGAGCUCCACGGCCCCCUUCACUCCUUCCUCACUGACUGACUCGCUGUCUAAGUGCCUGAUCCGCUACAAACAGCCAGAACAGAGGCGCCUCGGUGCUUUUCCCUCCAGUCUGAUAAGCCGGCACAGUUCUACCUACAGUACCUAUCGCUCAGCUACUCGAUCACUUCUAAACGGACGAAGACUGUUAAACAGGGCUAACUCUAGGUUUCUCCAGGCUUUGUCCUGUCCACACUCUGUAUGCCUGCUGCCAGACCUCGUGCUGUCCUCAAGACCUCUGUUGCAUUUCACUAAUAGGUAGUGCUUUGCUGUGAGAUGGACAUAUCCAACUGUCCAUGGCAGAAGAUCUUACCAAGCUUGCACGCUAAAAAAAAAGAAGCUAGAAUUGCAACACGUUCCAGCUCUCAAGCUACGUAUAAUGCAGAUAUGUUAAUGAUGUAAUUGUUAGCGAACGGCAAAAACGGGUGACUUUUUAAAGUGGUACGUGCUGUAGAUAGAUUUAUAUGUGCCAAUAAGCAGGCUGCAUUUUAUGCUUUGGUGAAAGUGUCUGCUAUGAUGCUUUGCGAAGCUUUCCUGUACUGAUUAUAUAUGGGGUCACAUGUUAGUUAUUAAUGGGCUCAUAGACCAAUCAGCUUCUGUGUUUGAGCUUUUUCUCAGCAAGCAUGUCUUCAGAAGAUUUUUUAUAUCUGGUUUUAGAACGCUUUGGCGGUUCAACAAUAACACUGAUUAUUUCUCUUAUGGUAUAUCCGUUAUUGAUUCCUUUUAUUGGCAAGUUUUCUCUUCGUUUUUGAAUGAUAAUUUAUUUUUUUGGACAGAUUUUGGAAUCUUUGAGCAGGGUUGAUUAAAUACGUCAUUUGAUUGUUAUUCCACAUUCUCAGAGGAAGACCCUAAAACCUUUUUUGAUUGAUAUUCAGGGUUUGUGUAUUAUAAAUACGGUAAUGAGUAGGCAUUCAGGGAUUGUGGUCUGUUCAGGGAUUGCACUCUACAUUUCUUCAGUGGCAGGUCAAGGUGUGGCUGGAGACAUGUGUGAGUUAUGAAGGGUUUAUGAAAGUCAUGAAGGUCAGGCAGAGAGGACAGGUCGCCACUGGUCAGGUCACUGAUGUGAACAGUCUUCAGUGAAGAUUUAAGCAGUCCAGAUGGCCCGAGACUCAGAUUACGGAAUAGGUUUGCCUGUGAAAAAGCAAUUUGUAAAAGGCCAGUAAUCCACACAGGAUGAUUGGAAGAAACCAGCAUGACUUGUGAGGUCAAAAGGAGUGUGAUCUUACAGGAAUCGCAUGCUGGAAUGAGGAGGAUUAAACACAUGCGUCAGAUUCUGAAGGCUUAAAAUAACUCAGGUUCUGAUUGGUCGGAUUAAACGCCGUCUACAUCCAUGUAAUUGAUUUUUAGCAAAGACUAUGAGGAGGAAGGUGAUGUGAUGAGUGGAAGAACUGAGACUGCGUUUUAAUUUUGAUCCAACCCGGCUGUGUUUCAAGUUAUAUAGUGCCCUCGUGAAUUAUAGGCACCCUUCACAUAAGAGUGAUUUUGUAAAAUAAAUGUUACACAGAAUUUUCCAGUCAAACAAUAGGAGAAACAAUUUCAGUUCUAUCCAAAAAUUCUCAUUAGAACGCCUUCGUAAAUAAUAACAUUUUCUGUCAAACAUUUGCCUUCAGUCCCCAGGAACUACCGUUGCUUCCUUUUUCUGUUUCCCUGAGGUAUAAAUAUGAAGGUGCACACCUGUAAAAUUCCCUUGUCAUUCAUUAUCAUAGGAAAAGCCAAAGAAUAUUCAACAAAGAAGAGGCUGAUGGUUGUUGUCUUGCACAAAUCAGGUAAUAAUUAUUUUAAAAUGCAUAAGCAGGUAUAAAUACCAUUAAGCACAAAUAAGCCCAGAACUUCAAGUUUUGCUGAAAAAGUGUGUGUGUGUGGGGGGGGGGGGGUAGCACUGUGGCUUAGUGGUUAGCCUCGCACCUCCAGGGUAGGGGGUUCUAUUCCUGUCUCCACCCUGUGUGCAUGGAGUUGGCAUGUUUUCCCUGUGCUUCUGUGGUUUCCUCUGGGUACUCUGGUUUCCCCUUGCAGUCCACAGACAUGCAUUGUAGGAUGAUUGCCAGCUCUAAAAUUGUGAAUGGGUGUGUGAUUGUGCCCUAUGAUGGGUUGGCACCCUGUCCAGGGUGUCCUCCACCUUGUGCCCUGAAUCUUCUGGGAUAGGCUCCAGGCUCCCCCACGACCCUGUAUAGGAUAAGCGGUACAGAAAAUGGAUGGAUGGAUGUGAAAAGUUGGAAAUUUGCCAGGAAGUGGACCCACUGUCCCACCUGACAAUGAGGACGAAGGUGAAAGCAGGAAAUAGAGCCCAAAUAGUUCAGUUUAGUUAUUCAUGUGGUUGUCAAAAUCAAAAUUCCAAAUCAAACCAUGUAAUACUUCCAUAACAGCAAGCAUUGCAGGACAGAAGCUCAACAUCAACAUAUGACUUGAAAAUAUCUCAUAAAAUGAGAAACUAAACCAAGCAGCAUUAGAACUGCUAGGUCUCACGCUCAGAGGAGACCCAAAUAAAUUGUUUGUUCAAGCACACCAUCAGCAUAUUUGGUUACAAAAUGGAGGCUGCAUACAAGAAAAAGCACCUGAUGCACCACUGUGAAAUAUGGAGGUGGAUUAUUGAUGCUUUGAGGCUGUUUUGUGGCUGGUGUUUCAGGGGCUUUUGUGAACAUUUGAAUUAUUUCAAAUAGCAGGAUGUUUCAGCUCAAAACCUAGUCUUGGCCAGACUUGAAGCUUUCAACAAUGUGACCAAACAGACUUCACAAUCAAGACAUAACAGUUUAAAGAAACACAAAAUCACCUCAGUCUCCAGACUGAACCUUACUAUGGUCAUUUGUCUGUAUUAAAGAGGGAUGUUCACAAGCAUAAAAAUGUGAAUAUAAAGAAAUGGACUGAGAUCUCUUUUCACGUGUCUCCAACCUUGUUAGCCAUUACAGGAAAAGAUGCCGGUAAUAUCGAAACCAGUGUUUUGUAGAAAAAAAAUACACUACAUUUUGUCUUAAAACAAAAAACGUCAAACUAUUCAUUGCCCCUGUAUGUUUGAGCACAAAAAUAUAUUUUAUUGCAUGUGCUAUUUUUAUUAUAGAUUUUUCUUAUAUAUAUAUAUAUAUAUAUAUAUAUAUAUAUAUAUAUAUAUAUAUAUAUAUAUGACUGUUUGCUCACUUUCAAGAAGAGUGCCAGUUAUUUUGGAGGGUACUAUAUUAUAGUUUCAGUAUUUCUUGCUGGAAAUUCACCUCUGUUUGUUUAAAAAAAAAAAAAAAAAAGAAAAGAAACAUUUUUAAAUGUGCUUCUCACUAGGGUAAGAUCCUCAAGGGUAUCUAUUUGGUCCAAUGUAUGUCUAAUGUUACAUAGGAAAGUGAACCCAGUGUACUUUGAAAUCUUAAGUCAUAAUCUUUAACGUGCAAAUAUGUAUGCUAAAUAAAUGUACAGAAGUCAUAAACUUGAGGAUCGCACACGAGUGACGACCACUCACCUACUGUUUAGUACCUCUUAUUUUCUGAGAAUGUUCAUGUUUGACCUCUGACUGAAUUUGCAACAAUGAAGCACACAUGUAUAAAUCACAGGCUGAUGUGUGUUAAACAGCACUGUUACUGAACAUAGGAAUGGACUUGCUAUCUUUUCAAUGACCGUUGAUGCCAAAAAUGUUGUAACUACGCAUGUGGAGGAUUUAGCCUGUGGGUGAGAUGAAGUGUAUUGCUACAAAUGUGCUACAAAUAACCAAACACUGAGGAUAAUGCGAAAAAUGAUGUCGCGAUGUUCAAGAUUUUUUGCAAGCUUCUUACCACUGUUGGAAAGGAAGAGUUUUAUUUAUGAAUUCUCUUUUAUACUAGGACGCUCGUUUGUCUCUUCUCGAUAUUUGUUGCGUUCACUUUGCCACUGUGAAAAUGGCUAAGGGGUCAAUCUUUGGUGUUUUGCUGAGACUUCAAUACUUGAAAUUGUGUAUGAACUGCUGAGACCUAGCUGCCGGCUAGCGUGAUUACCUUCGGUGGGUGUUGACGUGUAGAUAACAUUUUGUUAUUUUGUUGUAAUACCAUCAUUGAUGGAUUUUAGAUUAUAUAUUUCAUUUCUCAUUGAUUUAUUAUUUAGUAAUACAUGUGAACUACAGUCAUCUGAAAAGUCAGUACGCCCCAUGGAAAUUGUUGGCUUCUUUAUGACAUAUUUGGACAAGCAAACAUUUGAUCAUCUUUGAAAGAGUGCCUGUUAAUAAAGUUUAUAUACUUGAACAAAAUCACAAGGAAAAUUAUUUUUUUCAAUCAAUUACUCAACAGAAAUAGCAAUAUAUGUGACCUUCUCUGGAAAAAGUAAGUACACCCUUGGCCUCAGAAGCUAGUAUUGCCUCCUUGGGCAGAAAUUACAUCUUGUAGGCAUUUUGCAUAAACCAGGCUUGCUGGAAUUUUUUACCAUUCUUUCAGUUGCAAGAUGUUUGAGGGUGUUCUUGCAUGUACGGCCCGUUUCACAUCCCCCUGCAACAUUUCAGAUUGGGAUUCAAAUCCGGGCUUUGUCUAGGCCAUUCCAUAACCCUUCAUUUCUUCUUUUUGAGCCAUUCCUUGGUGGAUUUGCUCGUGUGUCUAGGAUCAUUAUCCUGUGGAAAGGUCCACUUUCGGUUCAACUUCGACUUUCGGACAUAUGUCAUUUUCAAGCCCUCUUUGAUAUGAUGCAGAAUUCAUAGUUGAAUCAAUGAAUGCAAGCUGUCCAGUCCAUGAGGCAGCGACGCAACCCCAAACCAUAACAUUUCUUCCAGCAUGCUUCACAGUUGGUAUUAGGUGCUUCUCCUGAAAAGCUGUCUUUGGUCAGUGCCAAACAGGUCUGCUGUUACUGUGGCCAAACAACUCUAUCUUUGAUUCAUCUGUCCAGAGCACAUUAUUCCAAAAUGCCUGGUCUUUGCCUGUAUGCUCAUUGGCAAACUGUAGUCUUGCUUUAAUGUUCUUUUUAGACAGUAAAGGCUUUUUCCUGGCACGCCUCCCAUGCUGGUCAAAUUUGUGCAAUCUCUUUCUGAUUGAAGAAACAUGCACUUUGACACCAAUAGUUGCAGGACUUACUAGCAGAUCUUGUGGUGAAAUUUUGGGGUUCUUGAAUUUGCUGGGAAGGACAGUCCUGGACAAAUUGUCGUUUGAAAUCUGUGCCACUUGUAGAUGAUUUUCCUUACAGUGGAAUUAUGUAUUUCAAAUAAUUUGGAGAUCUUUUUAAAUCCCUUGCCAGACUCAUAGGCAUCCACAUUCUUUUUUCUGAAGGCCUUACAGAACUCUUUAGAUUUUGACAUGAUGACACCACACACCUCAAUAGCAAAGGGAACACCAGACACUAGAUAUGAGAGGGGUAUAAAUACGACAGGUUCCACCUGCACUCUCUGAGCAGGUUCUAAUCACUGGCACUGGCAUCUUCAACACCUGAUUCUAAUUUUAUGGAUUUGAAGGUGUGAUAAAUGUAGGGGUUUACUUACUUUUUCCAUGUGACUGAUCUGUUUUUUGUUCAUUUAAAUUGUGAAAUGUGUCAUUUGAUAGAGUGUAUCAACUUUAUUAAUAGGCACUGUUUCAAAGAGGAUCAAAUGUUUGCUUGUCCAAAUAUAUAUAUAUAUAUAUAUAUAUAUAUAUAUAUAUAUAUAUAUAUAUAUAUAUAUAUACAAAUAUGUAUAUAUACAAAUAUACAAAUAUGUGUAUAUAUGUAUAUAUAUAUAUAUAUAUAUAUUUCCUCACAUGACUGUAUAUGAUGAAAUGUUGACUAGUUGCUUUUGUAUAUUGUUUUAGAAUUCUUUCGCAAAUUAUUAUUAUUAUUAUUAUUAUUAUUAUUAUGAUUAUUAUUUGGACACUGCAAUGUUAAUAAUCCUAAGGUAUGCAAAACAUUGUUAUUCUACGUUUUCAAUUUAGUUUCUUUCAAUGUUUUUUUUUUCCCUCUUUUUUAAUCUCUGAUUUAAUCUUUUAUUCGUUUAUGCUGUUUGUCCUUGUGUGAAUACUGUUUUUCCUCUUGCACUGGCUAAACCUAAACGCCUUCUUUUGUGGCAACCACAGCUGAUGCGAUGACUAUCUUAACUGAUAACGAAUAAAUAAAUAUAAUAUUUAAACUUAA